GUGCCGGCAGAAUUUCUAGAGUGAUUUUGGGCGUGGAAAAUAUUUCUCACAGCGCUGCGGUGGAUCCAGUGCGAUGAUUUGAGAGCGAAUCUAGAACUAAACUCGUUAGACUUGUUACGCUCUAUAAUUGCGCCUCGUUUCAAGAACACUUUUCGUUCUUGAUGAUAACGCCACAGGUAGUUAAUGGCCAGAGAGGCACCCUUCCUGUCAUUGCUUCCGUGAUUAAUAUUUACUGGCGUGGAAGUGGGCAGCAGUUAAGGGAUGCAUAUGGUUCAAACGAUUUUCUAUGCACAUUCUUAUGAUGGACAUUUACGAAGAGUUUUCCGCGUCGUGAUUAACUUAUUUCCUUGUCUGGCGUGUUAUUUGGUUUUGGCCUUGCUUUGUUGCCCCAGUAAUAUUUGUCCAUUUAAAUGUUAGCCUUUUUCCGUCCAAAAGGCGCGACAAUGUCAACAUUGGUCGAGACAGUGAACAUUAACUACGAGGAUUUCAGCGACAGCUUCUUGACCUGCACGACUUGUUUGAACCGCUACGAUCCCAGCGAGCACGCGCCAAAAUUGUUGCCCUGUUCGCAUACUAUUUGCCACACCUGUCUGGAGCGAAUCGCGGAGAAUGCGGCCUCUCGUAAUCCACCGACAUUUCGUUGCCCGAUUUGCCGCAACUCGAUCUCCAUACCCCGUGGUGGGAUCGCUGCCCUUCCACCAAGUUUCCUGGUCAACCAGUUACUCGACCUAAUGGCCUCGCAGCACCGUGAAAUCAUCCCGAAAUGCUCUAAUCAUUCCGGCGAAGAACUGCUGCUGUGCGAAUCGUGUGAUGCGGUAUUUUGUACGCGCUGUAGUCUGCCGAAGCAAGUGGAAAACAAGACCGGUGAAUUCGUUUGUCAUCAUGAGGCUACGGUUGUGCCGUUUUCGAUCGCUCUGAAGCGCAUGUCCAAAAUUAUGCUCUACAAAGCACAGCAGUGUAUGCAGCGGUUAGAGGAUGGUGAGCACGCCAUCAUCAAUGAGAGCAGUGCUGUGGAUGCUUCGUUUACGGCCACCAAAGCCGCCAUCGAUAAAUCCUUCGAGACCAUUUAUAGCUUAGUGGAAAAACAUCGCAGUCAUCUGAUUAACUCAUUGGAAGCCUUGCGGGACCAGAAGAAAGGCAUCCUUCAUGAUCAGCUGGAGAUCCUCAAAAGUGAGAAGCGGAAAAUUGAACAAGUGUGCCAAUUGGAUAAUCCCAGUGAAGCGGCACAGGUUCACAUGGAGAUGCAAUCGAUUGGUAAUAAAAUUGCCGGCUUGAACACGAUGCUGAGUGGCAUGGGUUUGCUCUGUGAUCCGCGCGAAAAUUCCUACAUGUUUUUCCGUUAUGGGCACACCAAUAUCCUGCAGGAAUUACGGCUGUGUCUGCAGGGCUUCGGGGAAAUUAAGCAUAGUCAUACCUUGCCAUCGCUAUGCAGAGCGACGGUGUCUCCAGCCAUAGCCCAUUUGAGCACCGACGUCGUUGUAACAUGCUACGAUUUCAACGGUGAACCAUGCAAGACCGGUGGGGAUCCGGUGGUUGUCGUGAUCAACGAUGCCACGGGACGCAGUAUUCACCACACACUGGUCGAUAAGGAGAAUGGGUCGUACGAGAUCCAAUUUACUCCCCCGGUGCCUGGGACAUACAUGAUCCAGGUUAAGAUAUUCGAUCGGCACAUUCAGGGCAGUCCCUUUGAAUGCCGGGCCAGCGAGCACAUCAACCCGGUUUCAGUGUUCCAUGGGACGGAUGUGGGUCUCUCGCGGCCGGUGAAUAUUGUCAAAGCCAAAAAUGGUAAGCUCUAUGUGUUAGAUAGCGGAAACGAUCGAAUUGCUGUGAUCUCGGAGGACUUUUCACACAAGUCCACCAUCAAACUACCUGAUUCGGAGCGCCAGAGUGUCACGGGAAUGGCAUUGUCACCCAACAAUACACUGGUCUGUACCAAUUGGCGAACGCGCGAGGUACUGGAAGUGGAUUUGGACGGCAGGAUCUUGAAUCGAUUUACCUCGUCAGAUUUUAAUUGUCCAUGUUCGAUUGCCGUGAGUUCUAAGGGAGAGAUCUUUGUGGCCGACAGUGGAGUGGGAUUGAUUUUGGUAUUUAAUGCAGCGGGUAAACUUUUGAGGAAGAUCACUGGUGUAGCCGGCCAUCGACUGGAUCUCUUGCAAGCUAUUAGCUGCUUUGAGAACGGCGACUCGCGGGACAUCGUCCUGGCGGAUAAUAUGAUUAAGAUUUACGAUGAAUCUGGACGGAUGAGGACGCAAAUGGGCACACGAGGCAAGGAUGAUAUUUACCAAAGUAUGGCACUGGAUUCCGCUAAUGAUUUGCUGCUGGCCAGUAAAACAGAAAAACGCCGCAAUGUGAUUGAAGUAUGGAAGUAUAGCUCGGCGACGUUAUUAUUUGUGAUUGAUAGUUUUGAGUGUAAGUUGCGACGACCAGCGGGAUUGGUUCUGGAUGGUGAAAAGCAGUUGUUGAUUUGCGAUAUGGGUGUGGGUAAUAAUCCCGGGGCUGUUUUGAAAUAUCGCUACGGAUAGAUUUGUGAUUUCAUGAUUCAGUUUCUCUGCAUACGAAUGUAAUUAUCGGCUUUCCUUUCGUGUUUUGCGUUUGGUUUCUCGUAUUUCUUUGGUACCAAAAAUUAUUUGGCGGGCAUGUACAGUAGUUCGAAAGCUUUUGUUUCCUGGAGUUUGGCUUUUUGGCUGAAAUGUUGUUGUGUAAAUGUAAGUGAUUGGCAUCCUUGA